AUGGAGAGAGUGUGUGCUGCAGUUUGCACGGCUUUUACCGUGGCUUAUUCUGGCUACUUUUUCACCCACCUGGCACGUCACAUUGCCCGUGCCUGGAGAGAAUCCAGCCCUUGGAGCUCCACUUCCUCUGGCCUGGCGCCGGCACGAGCUGCAGCUGCCGGCUCUGAAGAAGCCUCCUGUCCCCAAGCUGGAAAGUCAAGCGCGAGCAGCUCGUGCACCUGGAGCACAAGUAGUUCCUCGGGCAGCAUGGAGCAGCUGCUUAGAGAGAGGACAGAGGACGAGCGCCUGGCCCUGCUGAGGAUGCUGGUGAGCGAAGGAGAUCCGGAGGCUAAAUAUACAGAACUGGAAAUUAUUGGCAAAGGGGGUUUCGGCACUGUGUGCACGGCAGUGGAGACUGCCACAGGAGAAGAGGUGGCCAUAAAGAAAAUCAGUCUGUUGCAAGUGAAGAGCAACGAACUGUGCGUGAAUGAAAUCCAGGUCAUGCGGGACAAUAAGAACGCCAAUGUGGUGAACUAUGUAGACAGCUACCUGCUGCACGAGGAACUCUGGCUCGUGAUGGAAUACAUGGACGGAGGGUCUUUGCACGAUGUCAUUAGGGAGAUCCAAAUGGCAGAAGGAGAGAUAGCAGCUGUGUCCCGCGAGUGCCUGCAAGGCCUGGAUUUCCUUCACUGCAAGCAAGUGAUCCACCGAGAUAUCAAAAGCCACAACAUUCUCCUGGGCUUGGAUGGAUCUGUCAAGCUGGCUGAUUUUGGCCUCGCUGCUCAGCUCACGGCUGAGCAGAGCAAACGCAGAUCGGCUGUCGGGACUACUUACUGGAUGGCGCCUGAAAUUUUCACCAGGAAGCCCUACGGCCCCAAAGUGGACAUCUGGUCCUUUGGCAUCGUGGGGAUGGAGAUGGUGGAAGGAGCUCCUCCUUACCUGAUGGAAACCUCCCGCACGGCUCGACAGCUGAUCAGCACCGGGGGCACCCCGAAGCUGCAGAAGCCCAGGCAGCAGUCGGCUUGGUUGCGAGACUUUCUGCACUGCUGCCUGGAGACAGACGAGGACAGGCGCUGGUCUGCCCAGGAACUUCUGCAGCAUCCGUUUGUAACUUCAGCCAAGCCGACCUCCAGCCUGACGCCUCUGAUCAUGGCAGCGCAGCAGUUUAUGGCUGACAGAAGAUUCUAG